GCAGCACUGAGGAGCAUCUCCCCGGAACGAUUCUGAUUCGUCUGUGAUUACGGAUUACGGAUACUUUCAAGGUUUAUAAGGACUAUCAAGAUGGUAAGCAAAAGCCUAAGCCCACGAGAAUCUGGAGCUCACAUCGUGCAGCAUGCCAAGCACGUUCGAGUGCUGCCUGAAGGCAUCGAAAAGCUGUCCAAGGAGAUUCUGGACGGCCUGCAGAGCAAGCGCAUAGGAGUGGAGAACUUUUCGCAACAUGAGCUGCAUCCAAAUCCGGACGAUAGCAAGCCUGAAGCAUAUUCAGGAGCCGCUGACUGGGUUUUUGUCUUGGACACCCUGAACUUUUGCUUCUGGACACCGAAUAACUAUACCAAAUACAAGGUUGAUGGCUACACGGGAUACUUUGCCCUCUGUGCAGCCAUUAAAAGGGCCAUCGCUGACGGCUUAAAUGUGACGAAUGCCAAGUUCUACUCGGAAAUCGACAUGAAGACGGUGGAACAUAUAUUCCGAUCGGACGACGGCGAGACAAAGAUACCGCUGAUCCAGAAACGGCUCGACUGUCUCCAUGAAGUGGGCAACAGCCUCCUAAAGAAGUACGAUGGCCGCUUCGAGAAUGUGAUCAAGGCAGCCGACAAAUCGGCUGUGCAUCUGCUCGAGCUGAUUGUCGAGGAAUUCCCGUGUUUCCGGGACCAGGCAGACUUUGCGGGAAAGCGCGUUUCGAUCCUGAAACGGGCUCAGAUACUUGUCGGCGAUAUCUGGUCCUGUUACAGGGGCAAGGGUCUGGGCUUUUUCCACGACAUCGAUCAGAUCACCAUGUUCGCCGACUACCGUAUUCCACAGGUGCUGGUGCACUUCGGCAGCUUGCAGUACACGCCGGAGUUGCUAGAGGUGCUCAAAUCGGAUACAAUUCUGGAGAACGGAGAUCCAAUGGAGGUGGAGAUACGCGGAGCAUCGAUAUACAUAAUCGAGCAGGUCAGAGAUGAGGUGAUGAAAUCCUUAAAGGAAAACCAUCCAGAAAUCUCUCCCGACAACGUGAAUUCUGUUGUGAUUGACCAGUACCUCUGGGACUACAGACGCCAGUAUCAGGCGGACUUGGAACAUAUCCCAUUCCACAAAGUCUUGAGCAUUUACUAUUAACUAUCAACUUGACUACGAAUAAAGAUGUUGGCGCAUACGUUAAA